AUGGGAGAUGCGGCAGACGACCGAGGGAUGAGACGGACCUUCAUCGUCCCCGCCAUCAAGAGCUUCGACCACUACGACUUCACCAGGGCCAAGGUCUCCUGCAGCCUGACGUGGCUGGUGGCCAAGGCUUUCGGCUCGGAUGCCGUACCAGAGGAGCUCGCUGAGCCUUUCUACAGGGACCAGUAUAACCAGGAGCACCUGAAGCCACCAGUGGCCUGCCUGCUCCAGUCUGCAGAGCUGUACUGCCGGGCUGGGAGCCUGAUCCUCCGCAGCGAUGCCGUCAAACCUUUGCUGGGACACAACGCUGUCAUCCAGGCCCUGGCUCAGAAGGGCCUGUACGUCACCGACCAGGACCGACUGGUCACAGAGAGAGACCUGACCAACACGCCUAUAAACAUGAGUUCCCACCUGGCGCUCAUUGAUACCCUGAUGAUGGCGUACACCGUGGAGAUGGUGAGCGUGGAGCGGGUGAUGUCCUGCAUCAACCGGUACUCCUCCGCUGAACCCUCCCGCGGUGACGGACACCUCCAGGAGCUGCCUUAUGACACAGAGGAUGCAAUCACCACCUGGAUAAAUAAGGUGAACGAACACCUAAGAGACAUCCUUGUGGAGGAGCAGAAGCUGAGAGACACAUCCGUCCAGGAGUCAAACACAGGAACACACAAAGCUCGCUACAGGAGGGAGUAUGGCCAGCAGAGGAGCGCUCCAUCGCUCCCCCUGGUGGACAACCUUCUGAAGGACAACACAGACGGCUGCGCCCUGACCGCCCUGCUGCACUUCUACUGCCCACAGGCCAUCAGACUGGAAGAUAUCUGCCUCAAGGAGUCCAUGUCACUGGCUGACAGUUUGUACAACCUCCAGCUGGUGCAGGAGUUCUGCAAGGACAACCUAAACCACUGCUGCCACUUCAGCCUGGAGGACAUGCUCUAUGCACAUGCGUCCGUAAAGAGUAACUAUCUGGUCUUUAUGGCUGAGCUCUUCUGGUGGUUUGAAGUGGUUAAACCCUCGUUUGUGCAGCCCAGAGUCUUCGACCCUGACGCCUGUGAGCCGGUGUCCUCUAAGAACAUGGCUCCUGUGUCCAGUCCAGUCAAACAGAGCUAUGCAGACAGAGCCGACAGUCCGGAGAACAUUCCUGUUGAGGGUAUAAUGAAGAGAUCUACCUCCAUGUCCUAUGUGGAUGGAUGUGUCGGGACGUGGCCCAAAGAUAAACGCUCCUCCUCUCGUGGAAUCUCCUUCGAGAUCCCUCUGGACGGAGACCCGACGUUGCCACCCUGCGAAGGCCCCUCCCUCCGGGGUAUGACACGCUCGGCCAGCAGUGACGGCCUUGGGUUCAAAGUUCACUAUGCACCCCGAGGAGGCAUGAAGCGCCACCUCUCCCUCGUCCCCGUCAGUGUCAACGGCCAGGGCAGACACAUAGAGGAGGAGGACGAGGACUUCACCCCCCACAAACCCCUGGGGCGCAACAACACCUUCUCCCUCAAGAACCAAAGCAGGUAUUCCAAUGGAGACCUCCCAGACAGCAACCACAGCGGCCAAAUCAGCCCAUCGACCCCUCCGAGCAUUGAGGAGGCCCUGAAGAUUAUCCACGACACAGAAAGGCCUCAUGCUAGCCUGGGUGUAGGGGACGGAGACAGUUGCUUCUUUCUCCACAGUGCGGAGCCUUCGAACCCUCCAGGGGCCCAAGGUCAAGGGGAGGACCUGGGGUCAGCUAAGGCUCGACUGAAUGACCACGACGCCAACUCCUUGUCCACCGAUGAAGUUGACACGGGCAUCCAUGUGAGGACAGAGGACAUCCAGAGCUUGGACGAGGACUCCUCCUCUUUGAGAGACUAUUCAGACAUAGACCCAGACUGUGAGCCCAUGGCCAGGUCGUGCCCGCUCCCCGAGCAGCCAGACAGGACGAAGAGCAGGGAAGGAGGGACCCAGGCAGCCGGUGACACUAAUCCUGACAGUGAGAUGGGAGACGGAGGAGACCGGAACCACCCCUGCCCCAGCUCUGCACCCAUACUCCACAGAUCUCACACUCUCAGCCCCACCUCGUCCACUGCCGGCUCUGGAGGAGGCAUGGUGAGGAUGACGAGUUUCGCAGAGCAAAAAUUCAGAAAGCUGGAGGGGAGGAGUAGUGGAGGAACCACGCCAGAGAGCACCGAUCUCAACGGACCGUACACACAACUCACGAAAAACAUCCCUUCACAGAUCUCUACGCCUCCUUUGCCCAUCACAUCCCCCUCCCCAGUGACACCUUCCCCCAGAGACCCAUCCCACAUUAUAGCCUCAGAGAUGAUCCAGCUCAGGAUGAAGCUGGAGGAAAAACGCAGAGCCAUUGAAGCCCAGAAGAAGAAGGUGGAGGCAGCUUUUACUCGCCAUCGCCAGAGGAUGGGCAGAACAGCCUUUCUAAAUGUGGUGAGGAGGAAAGGAGUCACCGCCCCCCUCAGCCCCGGCUCAGGCGGAGCAGAAACACCUUCCCCCGAGCUGCUCACGCCCUCAAAGCAAAGCGACCAGGGCAGCAUGGAUCGGGCAGAGAGAUGCAAACCAGACGGAGCAGCUCCGAAAUCCCCCUGUGAGGAUGGCGGCGGUGCGGCUCAGGGAGAAAUCGAUCUUGCAGAAUACACACGCUCCAUCGAGAGGCUGAACACGUCACUGGGUUUCCUGCAGACAGAAAUGCAGCGUUUGGCCCAGCAGCAGGAGAAGAUCAUGACCAUGAGAGACCAGCAGCAACAGUCCUGGGUCAUCCCUCCUCCUGCUCCAUCUCCGCACAGGCAGCUCCGUGAGUUGCGCAGCAGCAGCGUAACAGGCCGAGGCUCGGUUGGGUCUUUGUCUCCCAUCCUGUCUUCUACCAGCUCCCCCCGUGUUCUCAAUCGCUCCCCUGCUGGACUCAAGCGGCGGCCAGCCUCUUUCCAUGCCAGGACCCCUCGGACUCCACGGCCCAAUGAUCUAAAAGUCACCCCCUUUAGCCGAAUGCUCAACACCCCCACUUCGGUGGACAGCUUACCCAGACUGAGGCGUUUCACUAGCAGCCAAAGCCAGAGCUGCUCUUUUGCCUACAUGAGCAACGAUGAGGGAUCCUGGGAAAAAAAUAACCAAGAGGCCAAGGAUGACAAAGAAAACAGUGACGUCAAAGAGGAGACGGCGGGAAAGAAGAGUGCUGCCACUCAUCAGCCUCCAACUAAACAGACAACCAAAGAGAAGGCAGGUGAGCGACCGGUGGAGAAGAGAGAGGCCGAGCAGGCUCAGUCAAAGAGUGAAGCCAAACAAUGGAGGACGUCGGAGGUGUUGCGUCAGCCGACGUCUGAGAUCCAAGCGGCCGCCGGCAGCCGUGCCAGAGCAGACCCUCGGGGUAGGGGAGACCCUCGGGGCAGGGCAGACCUGGUGGAGGUGCCUCUGUCUGGGCUGGAUCCCCCAGAAGGCCACAGCGGGCAGGCCACCGGAGGGGGGGAAAACGGAGGAGACGCUUACGGUGACGAUCAGAAGGUCUGCUGUGGAUUCUUCUUCAAGGAUGAUGUGAAAGGGGAGGAGGACAUGGCAGCAAAGAAAGCAGCACUGCUGGAGAAGAGGCUGAGGAGGGAGAAGGAGGCUCAGGAGAAGAAGCAGCAGCAGGAGCUGGACCAGGAGCAGGAUAAGGAAGCGGCACGACUAAGAGCGGAGGAGGAGCAGCAGAAGAAGGAUGACGACAAAGCCAGGAGGGACUACAUCAAGCUGGAGUAUCUGAGGAGGAAGCAGCUCAAACUGAUGGACGAUAUGGACGACGUCAUCAAGCCUCGAUCAGGGAGUCUCAAGAAGAAGCCACGUCCUAAGUCCAUCCACAGGGACGUCAUGGAGCCGCCGAACCCCCCCGUGAGAGGGGUGCGACCUCGAGGCUACUCCGUGUCCAGUGUGUCUUUGGCGUCUCUCAACCUGGCUGACAACGGUAGAGACCAGCCGGAUAACAAGAAGAACAAUAGGCCGGACUCUGCAGAAGGUUUUUCUUCUUGUCCUUCGGCCGGUAGUCGCAAUGGAGAGAAAGAUUGGGAGAAUGAAUCCACCACCUCCUCCACUCCCUCCAACGCUGAGUACACAGGACCCAAACUCUACAAGGAGCCAAGUGCCAAGUCCAACAAACACAUCAUCCAGAACGCCCUGGCUCACUGUUGCCUGGCUGGCAAAGUCAACGAGGGGCCGAAAAACAAGAUACUUGAUGAAAUGGAGAAAUCGGAAGCCAAUAACUUCCUGGUGUUGUUCCGUGACGCCGGCUGCCAGUUCCGGUCUGUGUACGCCUACUGCCCAGAGACCGCAGAGAUCACCCGACUGGCAGGCAUCGGGCCCAGGAGCAUCACGAUCAAGAUGAUCGAGGGCCUGUACAAGUACAACUCGGACAGGAAGCAGUUCAGCUUGAUCCCAGCCAAAACCAUGUCUGCCAGUGUGGACGCCAUCACCAUAGCCAGCCAUCUUUGGCACACCAAGAAGCAGAGCACGCCCAAAAAGCUGCACACCAAGUAGCAGCAGAUGGUCUAGCAACAUUUGGACAUGGUCCUCUGAAAAGAACAUGGAAGUAUUUGUGGACUUUACUGUUUCGUUAAAGGGACACGUGUUAUAAAUCACAACUGGAACGUCGAGCACAAGUGGGCUUCUCAGACAAUGCAGAGCUGACAGUCAGGACUCUGUGUACUUGUGAGCAUGUGUAUCAAUGUUCUUGUGUGCCAAAAAAAAAGACAGGCGGACCAUUGCCUUACCUAGUUGAACCACUGAAGCACUGAAUGUCACGCCUCCUCAAGAGGUCGUUUGGUUUCUAUAAGUUGAACAUGUGUGGCCUUAUGCUUACUUUGUGUCAUUUGGAUGCACUGUGUGUGUUGGUGUCUUUUUGUCAGCGCCUGUUGAACAAGUCUGUUGUUGUGUGCAGGAGAGGCUGUUGUGUACACACAGAUCUGGGAUCAGAUUAUGACCCCAUCUGUGGACAUUUAAAGGGCGGCCUGUCGGAUCUGUGAUCAGGUAGACGCAGCAUUUUUAUGAUGAGAGUUUUGCUGCUAUAAAAGCAUGUGUUGGGUUUUUUUAUACUUGUGACUGAAAAACGUAUGAACAGUUCCAAUUUGUGUAUGUGUGUGUAAAGUGAAGUGCCAUGAAGAGCGAGGAAAAUACCUCAGUCUGCGUUCGCAAUUACUUUCCAAAAGGGUCAAGUGAUGAGAUUAUUGAGCGGAAGCAGAACCACCAGGUAAUUCUGCGAUAGUCUCUUAAUUUAUUAUCGAAGAUAUUUAAAAAAAAAAAAAGAAAGGGUGUUUCCGAUUUUCCUUAGAGAAACAUAAAAUACUCUACAUAUAUAAGUUGAAUUAGUUUGUAUAUAAUGGCAGUUCCACUCAAAAGUCAGCUUGUAGUAGCUUUUGAGUAGCUUUUUUUAUAAUUUAUACGUGUGUCGGUAUGUCGUCGUUUGGGGCCUUUUGUUGUUUACGCAAAUGCAAAAACAAGUGCGAUCACUCGACGGUAUCACUCACGAGACUAUCACCAGUAUUAGAAUAGACGGAAACCCCUCACUGUCCCUUCAUGGACGUGUGCAAUGACCUAAGAGUAAUUCAAAUAGCCACCGCUGACCGUGCUGGAGUCACAAUUAAGUACUACACACUCAAAAUGUCACUUUAAUGUGGAUAUUGUCUUCACCAUUAGAUCUCCCUUCAGAGUAUAGUCCACAUUUGUAAAUAAAUUAAUUCACCUAUGAUAGCACUUCUCUGUCCACCUUCAUCAAGUCUGAUCAGAGAUUAGGACUGUCAUGCUUGUUACUCCACUUUUACGUUACUGUUACAUCUGUUAUCAUGUGUUCAGUCUUCAGUGUGUGUGUUAACACUGUACAGAUAUAUUUUGGCAUAAAGAAGUAUUUUUUGUAACGCCAUUUACCUGUUGGAGGUUGUGAACCUAUGAAGCAGCAGUGGAAGGACGUGUGUUGAGAGGGUGUGGCUGAGUGAGCGAGGUUUAUAAAGUCUUCAUGAGGCUUUAUCGUGGUGUUGUAUGAAAUCCAGUGUUAUACUGAGAAAAUCAUUCUAUUUCCUUUUCAAACUCGGAAUUUAUUUUCUCUUUCAUUUAACUAAAUACGCUCAACUUUUCAUGGAUUUUUGUUGUUUUUCUAUUCC